AUGCUUGCCUGAUUCUGAGCUUCUGAUUAGGUAUUGGUGCAGCGCGCCCAGUGGAUGCUAUAGCCAACCCGGCCGAUAGCUUGACAGGCCCAAGAACCCCAGGCUCAGCUUCCAUCCUGCCUCCGUGCUUCCUUGGCUGCUCCCGCGCCCUCGAACCUGUUCGCUGCCAAACACAAGGGGACAAGUCUAGAAGCCAGCGGUGCCUGGUGCCUGGUCCGAACACCGCAUUCGAACAGGCAUACCCGCCGCCCCAAACCGGCGACUUUUUUUUUCUUCCCCUCCCUAGGUUCUCUCAUCCCUUCCUCUUUGCUCGUGCGGUGCCUUGCCUCCCGGUUCUCCUCUCUCUUUCUUUUAUUCUGCUUUCUCCUCAUCCUCUGUCGACUUGGUCGACCGUGGGCGGUGUUUGGUUAGGGAACAAGGGAACAAAACACACUCGGACGUCGAGGCAGAAAAAUGCAGCUCCCGGGGAGACCCCACUUUAAGCAAUAAUCUCCAGUCUUGACGACAUCCACCGAACCACCUGCGCCGAAGCCUGUGCGAGCGUAUAACCACUCGACGACCGGGCCCGCAUGUGCAGAUCUGGAGGACACGUCCAGACUGCAUCGCUGCCUGCCCUUGUGCUCGGGGAAUGAGCAGGCACCGAGCCGCCUCGCCCUUUUCUCCCUUCUCCGCCCCUUCCUCGCCUGCCUCCUCCUCCUCCUCCGUCGCCGCCGCCACCACCACCGCCGCCGCCGCCCAUAUAUUUCCACACCGAUCGCUCCCCUCGACGACCGCUCGCUCCUCCGUGGACCGCUGACCGCCUCCAAUCUAUCGACGACCCCCCGCCCCUGCGGGCAACACGAUCGAUCGCCGCCGGGGCUGAGGAGGCUGCCUCGACUGGGCUGACCCGGUCCGGGGCAGCGACGUGGCAACGGCAGACAUGGCGCCAGGCAGCGGCUCCGCCGAGAGGGUGUACCACCACCAGCAGAACGGGAGCAAUGGCAGCAAGGCUAGCAGGACACCAGGGACACCACGCAAGGAAGCCCGCAGCAGUAGCAAUGCGCGGGAACGAGCGCUACAAGAUCCUAGCCUGAAGGACUACCGGCUCGGAGACUGCAUCGGCAAGGGCGCCUUCGGAUCCGUAUACAAGGCGUUCAAUUGGGGCACCGGCGAGGCAGUGGCGGUCAAGCAAAUCAAGCUCGUGGACGUGCCAAAGAGCGAGCUGCGCAUGAUCGAGGCUGAAAUCGACCUUCUGAAGAACCUACACCAUGACAACAUUGUCAAGUAUAUUGGGUUUGUGAAAACCGUGGACUGCCUCAAUAUCAUUCUCGAGUAUUGCGAGAAUGGGUCUCUUCACUCUAUCUGCAAGGCCUACGGCAAGUUCCCCGAGAACCUGGUGGGCGUGUACAUGACCCAGGUGCUUCAAGGGCUGCAAUACCUGCACGACCAGGGUGUUAUCCACCGCGACAUCAAGGGUGCCAAUAUUCUUACGACCAAGGACGGUACCGUCAAGCUGGCCGACUUUGGCGUGUCCACUAGCACUCUCGCCGGCGCGGACAAGGAAGCUCAAGUUGUCGGCACGCCGUACUGGAUGGCCCCUGAGAUUAUCCAACUGUCUGGUGCCACCUCUGCGUCCGAUAUCUGGAGCGUGGGGUGCACCGUAAUCGAGCUCCUGCAGGGGAAACCACCAUACCACAGCCUCGCGCCCAUGCCGGCCCUGUUCGCCAUUGUCAAUGAUGACCACCCACCAUUGCCCGAGGGCGUAUCUCCAGCCGCCCGUGACUUCCUGAUGCAGUGCUUUCAAAAAGACCCCAAUCUCAGGGUGUCGGCAAGAAAGCUUCUCAAACACCCGUGGAUCAUGGGAUCCAGGAGAAGUGAUGCUCCUGUGUCCAAGGCGCCGUCCAACUUCAACGAGGCGGUUGAGGAGGUCAAGCAGUGGAACAAGGCGCUCAGAUCAUCAGAGAACAACCUGAGGGUUUCUAUCGGCUCUGACGGUGUACCGCCAACACAACCAUUUGGUGGACGAGCGAAUCUGGUUGCGGCAGCCAGGGGGCCCCUGACUAUCCUGCCAAAACCACGACCAGCGGUUGCGGAUGCAUUCCGAUCCCCAGAAAUUCCCGAUGAUGACAACUGGGACAACGAUUUUGCAACUGCUAUCUCCCCCGGCGCUUUGCAGCUUCCACAUCUAAAACCCCAGGACAAUUUUGGUGGCUUGCUAUCUUCGGAUCGGCUCAAGGCGUUUGCCUCGAUCGACGACAGUAGGAAUGUGUCGGCAAACUGGGACGACGUUUUCGACGGCGAGUUGGUCACCAUCAAAAAUCUCCGCUCACACCUGGCCGAAUCAGAUACGCAGCAAACCCUCCGACCCACGCCGCGGAAGCCCAGCCCGAUGGAGAAAUCGGAAAAGAAAGCCGAGACGGAGGCAAAGACGCAAAAGCCGGGGAAGAGACGGUCUAGUAGAGCGUCGUCCUCGCAAGCAAAAUCGCCAACCAAGCUGAAUUUCGGAUCAAAAUUCGAGCUCCCACCAAGGCCCGAUUUGAUAUACCGAGAGCAGUCAGUUGAGGACUACUCGGACUUGUUUGACGAGGGCGAUCACGUAUUUGACAACAGGCUAAGCCUCGUGCCAAAGGACUCGCCGCAGCUGUUUCAUCCGUCGGACCUGACCAGCAUGCCACGCUCCUCGCAACCUCCCACCGGCGGAAGCAUGAGGCGUGCGGCUCAGUCAAGGCCGUCGGUCCUGCAGGACCAGAAUAUGCGGAGGACCCGGUCGACCAUUGAAAUACAACGAUUCGCCGAAAACGAAAGUGACGAGGACUUUUCUGACAUAUUCGGCCCGACAGACGGGGUUGCGGAGAGGGAGGAGAGCGAGGUGGGGUCUGAAGAUGGCGGUCGCAUGUUCCUCUCGAAGCUAUCCAACAACUCGUGGUUGGGUGACGACGAGGACGAGGAUGACCCCUUCGCCCUGUUGGAGCCCGGAUGGGACGAGAUGGAUCUCGAGGCCAAUAUCGCAAGAGACCGCCACGCGAGGCUGUCCCACAAGGUGGAGGAGCUGGUCCGCUCGCUAAAGACGACAGAGGGAGAGGACACGCUUCUUGUUGUGUCUGAAGAUCUGCUGAGUCUUUUAUGGGAGAACAGCGAGGUCAAAGAUCUCAUAAUCAGCGCCCAUGGCUUGCUGCCUAUCCUCGAAAUCCUCGAGCCCUGCACGGUCAAGAGCCGUCAGCAUAUGAUUCUGCAACUUCUCAAAAUAGUCAAUGCGAUCAUCCUCAACGAUGUCGAGUUGCAAGAAAAUCUGUGUUUCGUGGGAGGAAUUCCCAUCAUCACAAAGUUUGCGGCCAGGCAAUAUUCGAAUGAGAUUCGGCUCGAGGCUGCUGCGUUCGUCAGGCAAAUGUACCAGACCUCAACCCUGACGCUGCAAAUGUUUGUCAGCGCCGGUGGCCUGAACGUGCUGGUUGAGUUCCUGGACGAGGACUAUGACGCCUCGCGGGACCUGGUGCUGAUAGGCGUGAACGGUAUUUGGAACGUCUUUGAGCUUCAGGGGCCGACGCCCAAGAACGACUUUUGCAGGAUAUUCUCGCGCAGCAAGAUCCUGGACCCGCUCGCUCUUGUCCUCCACAAAGUCCUGGACGAGGACGACAAGGACGAGCUGACGGAGCUCAUCGAGGGCCGGAUCGUGAACAUCUUCUACUUGUUCUCGCAGGCAGAGAACUACGUCAAGGAAGUUGUGGCGGAGAGACAAGUUCUAAAGACUGUUCUCAAGGACCUCCGCCGGAUGUCGCCACUCCACCAGAUCACCAUGCUCAAGUUUAUCAAGAACCUAUCCAUGCUGUCGCGGACGUUGGAGUCGCUUCACUCGGCCGAUGCUAUCGACUUUCUGAUAGAUCUGCUGGGCUACAGCAUGAAAAAGGGCCACAAGCACUUUCGCGAAAUAUCCAAUCAGGUGCUCAACACCAUGUUCAACCUGUGUAGGCUCAGCAAGGAGAGGCAAGAGUACGCUGCCGUCAACGGCAUCAUUCCUCUGCUGCUCAAGAUCAUGCAGACGGAUCGGCCACCCAAGGAGUUCGCGCUUCCAAUUCUCUGCGACAUGGCCCACUCUGGCAGUAAGGGGCGCCGCUACCUGUGGCAGAACAAGGGACUGGACUUUUAUGUUUCGCUCAUUGCAGAUCAGUACUGGCAGGUCAGCGCCCUGGACUCGAUCUCGGUGUGGCUGCAGGAGGAGACGGCCAAGGUGGAGAACCACCUUCUGGAGGGCAAGUUCACCAAGGCCAUCACGUCGUGCUUCAAUACGUCCAAGGCAAACUCGUUUGACCCGGGAGUUCUGGAGCCGCUGAUCAAGGUGCUUCGUCUAUCCCCGGCGCUGGCGGCGUCGCUGGCAAAGUCGGAGAUGUACUCUGGCCUUGGGCAGAAGCUGUGUCACAAGAAGGCGCAGGUGCGUUUGAACCUCCUGCGACUUGUGCGCAACAUCAUGGACGCCUGCGAGUCGGAUAAUGGCAGCAGCAUGGCUACUGCCAGCAGCGGACGGCAGCUGCGCGGCCUCUUUGAGCAGAUCCAGCUCCUCGCCGAGAAAGACCCGGCGGUGCUGGUGCGCAACCUGGCCUCGGAGCUGCUGCGGUCUCGCCUGGACCUGGAUGGCGCCAGCAACGCAUUGGGUCUGAGCGGCUCGGUUUCGGCCAUUGGAGGCGGUUCAUCGUCGAGCAGCAACGGCGCCUCGGUGGUGGGCACGUCGUCUCGCUCGCGGUCCGGUCCACGGCGCACGAGCUCGUCCUAUGUGCCACCCACGCUCCAACCAUCGGCUUCGGCGCCACCGAUGACACCCACGCACCACCGCCAUUCACACUCGACAGCCGCCUACAUCGAGGUGGCGGCGACUCCAAAGCGGCAAGCCGCGCUUGUGGCAGAGCGGGAUGGAAGCGUCUUUCGACCGAGGAGCCGCGACGGGGCAGGAUCAACUACGUCGUCGGUGUCAUCGGCAUCGUCCUCCAUACCGAGACGAGUCAGUGGCGACGGCAGCUCUCUCUUGAGUGGUAAGAACAGCAACGGUCCGGGAGGGGUUAACAGCAGGCUACCGCGGACGUCGAGUCUAUACGGGCGCGCGAGCCUGGCGGGAGGCGCAGGGGGAUCCACGCCAACUAUCGUAAACCGACCAGAUCGGUCGGAAAGCUCGUCCUCGAACAAGGAGAACGCGCAAGGGGGUGGCGGGGGCAGCAGAUAUGCGCAACACAUGAUCGCAACGAGCGGCUACGAGAGGGAGCGGGGAGAGCGGGGAGAGCGGGACCGCGAUAGAGACGCUAGGGAAAGGGGCGAGAGGUCGGACCGGCUGCUGGAGAGGGCCGAGAGGGUGUCGGCGCAGCAGUACAAGCGACGAAAUAGGAUGACGGCUAGCACCUCGGACAUCAGGCCAGGAGCCGGCACGCGAUAACGAGGAGCAGGAGGACGAUAAAGAGACUAAACGCGACCAUGGACUAGGGACGAGAGAUUGGUUGGGCAGGUGUGGGUCAUUCAUUAUCACUUAUUUUCUCUGGACUCCUUUGGGCGGGCUUGCUUGCAGCAACGGAGCAGUAGCAUAUAGUGCACGGCGUCGAACCAAAAGAGAGGCGGCCAUAUAUCUUUGUCAUGACGGUUAUUCAUAUUCUUGUUGUUUGUUUGUCUUGUGCUUCUUCUCUUCUG